AUGGUGGCGGCUUCAACUUCGGGGUCCAAGUCACUUAUAGAAUAUUUGAAGAGAUAUGAGAGCAAUGAUGAGGAAGGAAAGGAAAAGAAAAAAAGGACGAAGAAUGUGGUCCAAAGUAAACCAGAUGUACCCCAUGUUUUAGUCGUGGAUGAAGAUCCAGUUUGUCACAAACCAGUUAAUCUUGAAGAGAAAAACAAUGAUGAUUCAGCUCAUGAAGAGAAGCCACAAGUUGAUGAGGACAUUGAGGUUAAGCAAAUGAAGAGGCUCAAACAACUGAAGGCUAUGCGGCCAUAUAAUGCAAUAUCAGAGGAUGGAAGUGGUUGGGUUUCUCUCUCUCCCAAAGCUGCUAAUUCUAAUGACCCAAACCCUAAUAUGUCACCACUAGGUAAGCCGGCAGUCCUAAAUGACACACCUUCACUGGAACAUGAACUGAAGCUCGCAGAUUUUGGCAGAGGUAGCGCUGAUUUGUCACCUUCAGGACAGCAGCUGAAGCACCAACAGAAUGAUACAACAUCUGACUUUCUUGACAUUUCUCCUCCUAGACGAAGGAGUCAUGGUUCUUUGUGCCAAGAUGACUUCCAGGAUCUUUCUCCCCUGAGAAAAAGCCGAAAGGAAGCUGUUGUGAAUGAGCAACAUAAAACGGGUCUGCUUACUGGCAAAGAGAUUAGUGAAGAGAUUGCUAGAACUAAGAAGACUGAUUGGUUAAGGUUUAAAGAGAUGGAUCGAUCUAUAAGUGGUCAAGGUGCGGUACCUGUAUAA